AACCUUCAAAAGAACACCAUUUCCAACCCAACAUUAUUCUUCUUUCUUUCUUUCUUCUUCUUCUUCUUCAUAUUAUACAUAUAUAUGGGUGAUAACAAUGCCAACCUCCCACCGGGCUUUCGAUUCUAUCCCACCGAUGAAGAGCUCGUCGUCCAUUUCCUUCAUCGCAAGGCCGCUCUCUUACCGUGCCAUCCUGAUGUCAUCCCUGAUCUCGAUCUCUAUCCUUAUGAUCCUUGGGAACUAGAUGGUAAAGCUAUGGCAGAGGGGAACCAGUGGUACUUCUUUAGCCGGAAGACGCAGAACCGGAUUACCAGCAAUGGGUAUUGGAAGCCAUUAGGUGUUGAUGAACCUAUUUUCAAUAGUGCUAGCAAGAAAGUUGGUAUGAAGAAACACUACGUGUUCUACAUUGGUGAAUCACCGGCUGGAGGCAAAACUAAUUGGAUAAUGCAAGAGUACAGGCUAUCCGAUAGCGGUUCUACUAGUAGUAGUAAAUCAAUUUCAUCGAAAAGACGAGGAAAUCCAAAAGUGGAUUAUAGUAAAUGGGUAGUGUGUCGAGUGUACGAGCGAAAUUGCGACGACGAUGACGAUGGAACGGAGCUUUCGUGCUUAGAUGAAGUUUUCUUGUCGUUGGAUGAUCUUGAUGAAAUUAGUUUGCCAAAUUAAUUAGAUCCAAUAUCUAGUUAGGCUUUUGUAAUGCUCUCCAAUAUUAUUCAUAUGUAGCAUUACACUGGCCUGUUUGGGAGGUGUGGUUUGGGUUAAAAUAGUCAAUAAAAACAAAAUAAGUUGAAAUA